GUGUCAAAUUCUCUUGACUUUAAUGGAUUAUUAUCGUGUUAAUGCAGUGAAACAAUACAUAGUAUCACUAGCAAGCAAUCAUAUUUUUCUUUAAUUUGUAAAGAAUGGUAAACUGUAAGCUAAAUCAAAUAUUUCUUGGAGAAGUUGCAUCCAUACAAAAUUACGGGGCUUUCGUUAGAAUACCCGGCUGUGCAUCCCAAGGAUUGAUACACAAAUCACAGGUUAGCUCUGCUCAUGUCGAAAAUGUUGCAGAAGUUUUGCAAAGAGGAGAACGAGUCUGGUGUAAAGUUAUUUCUGUGGGCGAUGAUGGUAAAGUAGGAUUAUCAAUGAAAUAUGUUAAUCAAGGGAAUGGCACAGACUUAGAUCCCAAUGGGGUAGAUUUACAAAGAGAUAUACAAAAGAAAAAAACCAUUGGGAAGUACGAACGUAAAGCUAUACAUUUAGAAGCAGUUCUUAAUACAACAUGCACAAAAUGUGGAACAGUGGGCCAUUUAUCUAAUGAUUGCUUUAUGUCCCCUGAUGGAAAGAAAUACGAAUUGAUUCCAGAGAAUGAAGAAGUUGUCCCCUUGCAAAGUGAAGAAAAUGAAAAAGAAAAAAAACAUAAACAAAAAAAGCUAAAGAAAAAACGCAAAGCUAAAAAACAUAAGCAAAACACAGAUGAUAGUGGUUCAGAUGAGAAAGAAGUGAUCAAGAAAAAGAAGAAGAAACAUUCCAAAGAUCAGAAAAAGAAGAAGAAAAGGAAAUAUGAUAGCUCCUUCAGUGACGAAAGUUCUGAUGACAGUUCUUCUAGUCAUGAUGUAAAAGCUCAUAAACAAAAACAAUUUGAAAGUUCAGAAAAACGAGCAAAGAAAUGUAAACACUCAAAGAGUAAAUAUCCAGACCGAUGA